AUGUCCGGCCAAAGCCUCACCGACCGCAUCACGGCGGCGCAGCACAGCGUGACCGGCUCGGCGGUCUCCAAAACCGUCUGCAAGGCCACGACUCACGAGGUCAUGGGGCCCAAGAAAAAGCACCUGGACUAUUUAAUCCAGUGCACAAAUGAAAUGAAUGUGAACAUCCCACAACUGGCUGACAGUUUGUUUGAAAGAACUACCAACAGUAGCUGGGUGGUGGUCUUCAAAUCCCUCAUCACAACCCAUCAUCUAAUGGUAUAUGGAAAUGAGCGUUUCAUCCAGUAUCUGGCGUCCAGAAACACAUUGUUUAAUUUGAGCAAUUUUCUAGACAAAAGUGGAUUGCAAGGUUAUGACAUGUCAACAUUUAUCAGACGGUAUAGUAGAUACCUGAAUGAAAAGGCAGUUUCCUAUAGACAAGUGGCUUUUGACUUCACAAAAGUAAAAAGAGGGGCUGAUGGAGUUAUGAGAACAAUGAACACAGAAAAACUCCUAAAAACUGUACCAAUUAUACAAAAUCAAAUGGAUGCACUUCUUGACUUCAAUGUCAAUAGCAAUGAACUUACAAAUGGUGUAAUUAACGCUGCCUUCAUGCUUCUCUUCAAAGAUGCCAUUAGACUGUUUGCAGCAUAUAACGAAGGGAUUAUUAACCUCUUGGAAAAAUACUUUGAUAUGAAAAAGAACCAAUGCAAAGAAGGCCUUGAUAUAUAUAAGAAGUUCCUGACAAGAAUGACACGGAUCUCAGAGUUCCUUAAAGUUGCAGAGCAAGUUGGAAUUGACAGAGGAGACAUACCAGAUCUCUCACAGGCACCAAGUAGCCUACUUGAUGCUUUGGAACAACAUUUAGCUUCUCUAGAAGGGAAGAAAAUCAAAGAUUCCACAGCUGCAAGCAGGGCUACCACCCUUUCCAAUGCAGUCUCUUCCCUUGCAAGCACUGGCCUGUCCCUCACAAAAGUUGAUGAAAGGGAAAAGCAGGCUGCGUUAGAGGAAGAACAGGCUCGCUUAAAAGCUUUAAAGGAGCAACGUCUGAAAGAACUUGCAAAGAAACCUCAUACCUCUUUAACAACUGCAGCUUCUCCUGUGUCAACCGCAGCAGGAAGCAUAAUGACUACACCAGCCAUUGAUAUUUUUUCUACCCCUAGCUCUUCAAACAGCACUUCAAAGCUGCCAAAUGAUCUGCUUGAUUUGCAGCCAACUUUUCAUCCGUCUGUACAUCCUAUAUCUGCUGCUCCACAAGUAGGAAGUACCUGGGGAGGGUUCACUCCGUCUCCUGUAGCUCAACCACAGCCAUCAACUGGCCUUAAUGUUGACUUUGAGUCUGUGUUUGGAAACAAAUCUUCUAAUGUUGUCCUAGAUUCUGGUGGCUUUGAUGAACUAGGUGGUCUCCUAAAACCAACAGUGGCCUCUCAAAACCAGAGUCUUCCCGUUGCCAAAGUUCCACCUAACAAAUUAGUGUCAGAUGAUCUGGAUUCAUCUUUAGCCAAUCUUGUAGGCAAUUUGGGCAUUGGCAACGGAACUACUAAAAAUGAUGUAAACUGGACUCAGCCAGGUGAAAAGAAACUAACAGGUGGUUCCAACUGGCAACCCAAGAUUGCACCUACAACUGCAUGGAAUGCUCCAACGUUGGCACCACCUGUUAUGGCAUAUCCUGCCACAACGCCAACAGGAAUGAUGGGCUACGGGAUGCCAUCACAGAUGGGAGGAAUACCAGUAAUGACACAGCCAACUUUAAUAUACAGUCAGCCAGUCAUGAGACCACCAAAUCCUUUUGGCCCUGUACCGGGAGCACAGAUUCAGUUUAUGUAACUGUGUUAAAUGGAAGAGAAAGGAAGGUUUCCAAAAAGAUGUGCUCACCAGUGAACCCUCACUUCCAGGAGAAAAUGAACUUCAGUCUCUCAAACUCUCCUCUUCCAUUAAGUGAUGCAGUGAAAUGAAGAAGACCGACGAAGGAAGCUGGGACAACUCUGUCAGAAAACGUCACUGUACAAGACAAAGCCAAGAAUUGCCAUGGAUUCAGACAGAUCUGUUUUUUGUCCUGGUGACUAACACGUCAAUACGUUCAGCUUCUAAUAAUAUCCAUAAUUGGUAACAAUCAAAAAGAAGCCUUUAUUCUGGUAAUUGAGAUUGGUGUUUGGAAGUGCUGUCUGGAAUAGAGAUGUGUCAUUUACCAUAACAUGAAACAAGACUUUGGGCAGGGGAGGGUCAAAUCCUAACUCUUAAUUCUGCAGUUACCUUUUCUUCAGUCCUCACAAAUGUAGGCACAGCAGUAAUGGAAAUUAACUUUUUUUUUUAAAUGAUAUAUUCAGUUUGCAGUAGACAUUCCUUAUGUAUUAUUGUUUGUAUUUAUUUAUGAUUAUCAACUUAACAUUAAUAUUGUAUCAAAAAAAAACCAAACCUCCUUAUGAAAAUGAGUAUGGGUGUAUACAGUAUGUCUGAUUUUUAUCCACGAAGAAUGAAUCUGAUUCAGAAAGCUUUUCAGCUGACAUACAGAGCACUAAAUAUUUUAAAAGGUCUGAAUCUAAUGAAUUCUCAAUAUAUAUGGGAAUUAGGGAAGAGCUGUAAAAUGCAUUAAUCCUUAUAGUCAAUUCUGUGCCUAGGAUUUUGCAAGGGAACAGUUAACUGACUAGAAGAAGCACUACAUUUUUAAUUCAGCAUUAGUGCAUUGGGAAGGAACUUUACUGCUUUGUGCUUGGCAUGUCAUUAUUUUUACAUUUGACAUUAUAAGGCCUUUCCAAAAUGAAU